GUCUGCUUGACUUCCAUUGUUUCCAACGCAGGUCCAGACUCUCAGAAAAUGUCCAUCGCAAAUGCCAGUGCAAUAACAGAAUUCAUUCUCCUGGGGCUCACAGACCGGCCUGAACUCCAACUUCUCCUCUUUGUGCUGUUUCUGGUUUUGUAUCUCGUCACCCUCUCGGGCAACCUGGGCAUGAUGCUGUUGAUCAGACUGGACUCUCGCCUCCACACACCCAUGUACUUCUUCCUCACUAAUUUGGCCUUUGUGGACUUGUGUUACACCUCAAAUGCAACCCCACAGAUGUUGACUAAUUUCUUAUCGGAGAAGAAGACCAUCACCUUUGUUGGCUGCUUUACGCAAUGUUACAUUUUCAUUGCACUUCUCCUCACUGAGUUUUACAUGCUGGCGGCAAUGGCCUAUGACCGCUACGUGGCCAUAUGUAACCCUCUGCGCUAUAGUAUGAAAAUGUCCAGGCGUAUCUGCCUCUGUUUGGCCACACUGCCUUAUGCCUAUGGCUUCUCAGACGGGCUGUUCCAGGCCAUCCUGACCUUCCGUUUGAACUUCUGUAGAUCCAAUGUCAUCAACCACUUCUACUGUGCUGACCCACCACUGAUUAAGCUUUCUUGCUCUGAUACGUAUGUCAAAGAGCAUAAAAUGGUCAGAGGAAAUUCCACCUUAGUGACCGAAUUUGUUCUCCUGGGAUUAACAGAUCGUCCAGAGCUUCAGCCCAUCCUCUUUGUGCUGUUCCUGGUGAUCUACUUGAUCACCGUGGGGGGGAACCUUGGGAUGUUGGUAUUGAUCAGGAUAGAUUCACGCCUCCACACCCCCAUGUACUUCUUUCUUGCCAGUUUGUCCUGCUUGGAUUUGUGUUAUUCCACGAAUGUGACUCCCAAGAUGCUGGCGAACUUCUUAUCAGAGAAGAAAACCAUUUCCUAUGCUGCUUGUUUAACCCAGUGUUAUUUUUUCAUUGCCAUGGUGAUUACUGAGUAUUACAUGCUAGCUGUAAUGGCUUAUGACAGGUACGUGGCCAUCUGUAACCCUUUGCUUUACAGCAGCAAGAUGUCCAGAGGGGUCUGUAUUCGCCUGAUUGCUGGUCCCUAUGUCUAUGGCUUCCUUAGUGGCCUGAUGGAAACCAUGUGGACGUACCGCUUGACCUUCUGUGACUCCAAUAUUAUUAAUCACUUCUACUGCGCUGACCCCCCCCUCAUCCAGCUGUCCUGCUCUGACACUUUCAUUAAAGAGACGUCUAUGUUUGUGGUAGCAGGAUUUAACCUCUCCAACUCCCUCCUCAUAAUUGUCAUCUCUUACAUCUUCAUUCUCACUGCCAUCCUGAGGAUGCAUUGUGCUGAAGGCAGGCACAAAGCUUUUUCCACGUGUGGUUCCCAUCUGGUGACAGUGACUGUAUUUUACGGGACACUCUUCUGCAUGUAUGUUAGACCUCCCACGGACAAGUCAGUGGAGCAGUCUAAAAUUAUUGCUGUUUUCUACACUUUCGUAAGCCCUAUGUUGAACCCCAUCAUUUAUAGCCUGAGGAACAAGAAUGUGAAGCAAGCUUUUUGGAAAUUGAUGAGAAGAAAUGUACUUUUGAAAUAA